AGAAAGAGGCUUAUUGAAGGUACUGAAAAGGAUACAAAAUGUAUUCUACUGCUCCUUGCUGCAAUCCUUCACAGAGUGGCCAGUGCCCCGGAGUCUGUGUUUGCUCUAGAGGGAAAAUCUAUCACCCUGACCAUGAAGGGAAAUUACAGUCUGGAUCUAUAUGAGAUCAACUGGAUCUUAAAUGACACAUAUAAUGUUGUUAAAUAUUAUCCACCUUAUAAUACAUCUGGCAAACUAGUUGUCUCUGAGUGGUAUAAGGGCAUAGUGGAGCUUAAUUACACCACCUUCUCUCUGGAGCUGAGGAACCUGCAGAAGAAUGACAGCGGACUCUACAGAGGAGAGAUAAUUACUGUGGGGAGUAAUUUUGUUGUUGAGUACAGGCUCUCUAUUUUCGAGCAAGUGUCCCCUAUCUUGUCUGUGCAGCCUGUCCUGUCCAGUGGUGACCUCUGUAACAUCACAGUGACCUGUACAGCUGGUGACCUCUCUCUGACCUCCACCUGUGACAGCAGCACCUGCACACAGAAGGAGCUGACUGGGUCCUCAAGUCUGGCCAUCUUUAUUAGAGAUGGUGUCAUCAUCUGCAACCAUAGCAACCCACUCAGCUGGAGUAAUUCCACAGUAACACUGUGCCAAGAUACACCAGUCCUUGCAGAGUCUCACAGGGGUGACACAGAACUCUUACGGAAACUUCUUGUCGCUGGAGGACUAGCACUAGGAGGACUUUUAAUUUGUGGAGUUCUGUAUUUCCGAAUGCAUGUGACAAGUAAAGGCAGUUUAUCUUUACACAUUUAUCAGUCAGUGGAGGCUCUGAGUACAUCACCAGAUGUGAAGAGAUCAAAUCUCACCAAGUCUCAGUGUUCCUCAUCCUAUGCUGAGAUAGGCCCCUCACAGAAUGCACUGCGGCUGAGUUCAGUUGAAUGUCCUCCCUGCACCUAUUCCCAGAUCCAGCCCCACACCGGCCCCAGCACAGACCUGGACACAACUAAGCCAGAGCACGUCUACUCAUCUGUCUCAAAUGUUUAAAACGUACAAGACCAAGAUUGAUAGAUAUAAUAGUCAGCAGCACAAAACACAAAACUUACAAGCAUGGAUACAGCAAGUUUUUUGGCACCUUUCAUCUUACAACACCUUAAAACCUGUAUCAAGACAUACAAAGGAUAAACAUUUUGCAUUUUUAUUUAUGCAGAUUCAAAUAACCUCAUUACGUGAAUACAAAGGUGACAGACUUAACAAAAUUAAAUUACACAGCAAUAUACAGCGCUCACCAAGGAAUGCUAAAUGUGACAGUAGAAUUUUUUCUAUUGUCAUUAAAAAGUAAGGUCAAAGUUUGUACAAAUAAAGUACAACCUAGCAAAGGCAAAUCAUGUAUUUAUAGACCUUGUCUUUUCAAAUAACACAUGCAAGUCUGUGUAGCCCUAUCGUCAAAUAUUGCUCAAAUAUCUAUGUUUGUUCAAAUGUGCCUUUGGUAUUGUAUACUAUGCAUUUGCAUGUGUUUGCUUGCCUUUAUACAAUAUGGAAGUUAUUAAAGAUUAAUAUAUAAUUGAAGAGUUUUUAAAGCUAUAUGUCUAGACUUUUCUGGCCUUUAUUGGUGGUGUGGUGCACACAUAGUAAAUGAGCAUGAGAGAUCUGAAGUGGAAUCAAGAAAUGACCUCAAACCUGCAUUGAUUCUCAGCACUGGAUUCACAUGCAGUAUAUGACAAGCCAACACUGCACUGUGCUUGGCUACCACAUAAAAUAUGUGUGAUUUUAUAUUUAUCAUUACAUUUACUUCAUAAUACCCCUAUAGAAAAUGAGGCCAUUCACUGUCCUCAGAUUCAGACAUUAUGGAUGAGUGAUCUUGUAUUUUUCUGACAUGUCACGUUCUCAGAUUCAGAAUGAAACCGAGAUCAGGGUGGACAUUGAGUUUCUGUUCCUCUCCUGGGGUUCCUAUCCUUAGAUGCAAGAUGCAAAGCCAUUUGUUUGUAUUCAGCAAAAUACUAUAUGUGACACCUUCUUCACAUUCUAUGACACCUUCUACUGUCUGUAAGCCAGUGCUCAUGCACUGCUCAUGCACAGCCAUGUGGCUUCUGCAGAGCUGCUCACUCCAACAGCCAAUCAACAUGUUGCUUCAGUAGCAUAGAAAGGAGAAGUGAGCAUCACCACUGGCACAACCACAAGAGUGUGAAUUUCCACUCAGCUCACUCCGUUAGGGCUCACUCCUUCAGCUCUUCAUCACUUGAACACACCUUUAAGACUAACUCAGAAAACACAGAAUGUGGACAGGGACCAAGAAUAGAAAUAGAACAAAACAGAAAAUAUCUUUCCCCUUUCUUUUUCCUUUUAAAAAAUAUUAAUGUGGAGGAUUGGCCUAGUGAUCUUAACAAUAAGAAUAACUGAAAUGUGUUUUUCAUCACCUCUGUGUGUGCAAGCUGUGCAAAGUGGCACGUGGCGCGGAAGCAGUGACCUUUUGGUUCUUGACCACAUGUUUCAUUAUUUCAAGUGUGUGGUGUCAUCUUAUCUCAUCUCAUCUAGCUAAGCUGCAUAAACUUCCUUUAACCUAUUUGUUUUAAUGUCAGCAUGGUUAGACAACAGCAAUACUAACACCCCAGAACUGCUUAGAAAUAUACAAUAGCCCAUUAUUUUAACCGUAGGCCUACAGGUCAACCUCUUUAAUGGAAUACAUAAAACAUCCUAAAUGCAUUGGACUUGCUACACACCUUAAAUGCAUUGUAUGCACUUUUUACCUCCUUCUCUCUCAAUCUAUUUAUUU